AUGGACGACAACAACAACCCAACCACAUGCUCUCGUCUAAGUCCACCGCCGAGACCCAUUGCUCUUCGACCCGACAGUGUAUCACGUUCCGAAAUACUCUUGACCGUGAAGAAUCGCCCCGAACCGUGGCAUUCGUUAGAUUAUAGUGUGGAAUAUGAGGGUCAGACGAUCUUUUCGAUCCAGGGGUAUCCGUGGAGUAUUGGUCAACGACGGGUUUUCUAUGAUCGGUCUGGAUUGCCGCUUUUUGAGUUGCGGUGUCGGUGGUAUAAUUCGUCGUGUUUGGAAUUGAGGUUACCGGGGCAGAUGGAACAUGUUAUAUUGUCUGCGAAGUUGAGGGUCGCGGUUCGAGCCCCGAAGGCCGUUAUCAGGUUUCGGAAUGCUGUGUCUGAGCAGCGGAGACCGACGGAUUCAAAGAAACGCAAAGGGAAGGGAAAGGUCGAUGCCGAUUACGAUGUCGAUAAUAGUGCUUACCUACCUAAUUCCGAUGAGCUGAUGCUCGAGGUCCGCGAUGAAGAUCCGUACUACCAAACCCAAGUCUUGGUGCUUGGGGACCGGAUCGUGGCGCAUAUUCGUCGAGUGACGAACCCGGCCGAGCUUGCCGAAGGGCCGCAGCCUCCCUUGCGAUAUCGACCGAAGUGGGAAGUGAGAGUUGCGCCUGGAGUGGAUAUGGCGUUGAUAGCGGUCGUGGUUGUUAUAUUAGGGCAACGUGUUACGGGGGAUGAGUAUGACGGUCGUGGUGCAGGAGACAUAUAA